AUGCGUCUACUUCCUUCUCUGACCACAGUCCUUCCUUUUGUGGCCUCCCUAUCAUCGGCCACUCCAGUCGACCUCUCCACUCGCCAGGCAAGCUCACAAGUCGCCGUCGGUGCCGUGAUCAACAGUUGCGUGGUUCCAGGCACAAUCGCACUAACAUUCGACGACGGUCCUUGGGACUAUACUCAUACGCUUCUCGACACGCUCGCUAAGUACGGCGCCGUCGCCACAUUCUUCCUAAAUGGAAUCAACCAAGGCAGUAUCACGUCCUACUCGGACAUACUCCGCCGGGCUGUGGCAGAAGGCCACCAACUCGGUUCACACACCUGGAGCCACCCAUACCUCGAAACCCUAGAUCACGCCUCGGUCCUUUCGCAAAUGACCCUCCUCGAAGACGAAUUCGUCCAAAUUAUCGGCAAGUUUCCCUCCUAUAUGCGCAUCCCGUAUCUCUCGUCCAAUGAUGCGAUCCUAGCCGCUAUGGCCGAGUUGGGUUAUCAUGUUAUCGGCGCGAGCAUCGAUACAAAGGACUACGAGAAUGACGACGCGGAUCUCAUUUGGAAGAGUUUCGAGAAAUUUCGUCAAGAGCUUGAUGCCGGUGGUUCGAUUGUCCUGUCGCAUGACACGCAUCUUUAUACCGUCGAGACAUUGGCGGAAAAUAUGUUGAAAGAAAUCCAAUCAAGAGGGUUGAAAGCUGUCACUGUUGGAGAGUGUCUCGGAGACUCAGCAGGGAACUGGUAUCGCACUUCGCGAUAG